UAUAGAGUUUAUGCCUGCAAGCGGUCACUCACACCCGCGCCAUACCAGUCACUCUCUUCUAAGCUUCAGAAGCCAUGAAAGCACCAAGCUUAUGCUAACCUAAUAAGGACCACAAUGCUCAGAUAACAUCCCCAAUUGCCUGAAAUCACACCCCCAACCCCAGAAAAAUGAGAUAUUUACGGUUCAUUUCCCCACAUUUUUCUCGUAUUCACAAAACCCUAAACCCACAAAGCCCUCCUCUAUCCUCUCUCCAAUCAAAGCCCCAGAUUAGUUCUCAUUUCGUGUGCAAUUACACCACCGCUGCACCGGAGCAACGGCCACCUCCGUCCGAGACGGUAUCGGCGAUCGCGGAUGAGAUCUCGGGCCUGACUUUGCUCGAAGUCUCGGACCUCACGGAGGUUCUGAGGGAGAAAUUGGGCAUAAAGGAGAUGCCGGUGAUGGCGAUGAUGAUGCUGGGGAUGGGAUUUGGCGGCUUGAAAGGCGCCGGCAAAGGUGGUCCGGCGGCGGCUAAAGGCGAGGAGAAGGUGGAGAAGACGGCUUUUGAUGUAAAGCUCGAUUCUUUUGAUGCUGCAGCGAAGAUCAAAGUGAUUAAGGAGGUGAGGACGUUUACGAGUUUGGGGCUGAAGGAGGCCAAGGACUUGGUGGAGAAGGCGCCUACGCUGUUGAAGAAGGGGGUUACGAAGGAGGAGGCGGAUUCGAUUGUCGCGAAGAUGAAGGAAGUUGGUGCCAAAGUUUCUAUGGAGUGAGGGGGAGAGAGGGAUGUAGAAGUUCAACGUUCAGGUGGAAAAUUGUUAAAAAAUGUAGAGUAGCAAAUUAGUGGUUCAUCACACUGGAUGUGCAAUUGACAUAGUCUCAUAGAAGCCUACUGGAGAUCUUCAUGAUUCAAAGCAAUCUUUAGUAGAACUGCUUUGCUUAUCUUUCUUUGAGUUAGAAUAAUGUCUUUGCGGAAGCUUUGUUUCAUUUUUUUUAUUAUAAAAAACAAUCAAUCCUUUCAGUUACUUCAUUACUUUUACAAACCAACAGUUGUACACCUAGCAUUUUGAUAAUAGGUUCACAGAGUUGAAGUUUA